AUGCUCGAGCAACUUGAGACUAACUCUAAAAAAUUCAAAGAUGCUCUCUCCUUUCAACUGAAAGAACUCGAUGCGCAAUUAUCAGAAGCAGUUGAAACAACCAUGCAAAUUGAGCGUAAGUCGACUGUUUUUGUCAAUAUAUUCGUCUAUAUUGUUUUUUAUAGUAGCAUCAAAUGCUCUGUCGAAAGUUCUGGCAAAAAACGAGAAUGCCAGGAAAUUGUGGGAUGGUAAGUUUAAUUUGUCAAAAUUAUUAAUAAACGCAUUUUUCAUUUUUAAGACUUGGCAACUUGUAUUAAAACGGGACUUGAACCGACUGAAGUUUCGUUUAGACCACCAGUGAGACAAACUCGUUUUUAA